GCACAUUGCCUUGACUUGAUGUUGGAAGAUAUUGGAAAGCUACCAAACAUCAAGAGGACAUUGGAGAGGGCUAUAUCACUAAAUGGGUAUAUUUAUAAUCGCUCAGGGCUACUCAACAUGAUGAGGCGGUUUACUGGACAAAGGGAAUUGCUUAGGCCUGCUAAGACUCGGUUUGCAAAUGCUUUCAUCACAUUAUCGCGAUUGCAUGAACAAAAAAACAAUUUGAGGAAGAUGUUUACAAGCUCAGAUUGGUCAGAUAGUAAAUGGGCAAAAGAGCAGAAGGGGAAAACUAUAGCCAACAUAGUUCUAAUGCCUUCAUUUUGGAACACUAUUGUGUUUUGCUUAAAGGUUUCGGGUCCCCUAGUUCGUGUGCUUCGUUUGGUUGAUGGUGAAAAAAAAGCUCCUAUGGGAUACAUCUAUGAGGCCAUGAAUAGAGCUAAGGAUGCAAUUGUGAGAAGUUUUAAUGGAAAUGAAGAGAAGUACAAAGAAAUCUUCAACAUCAUUGAUAAGAGGUGGGAGAUUCAGCUUCAUCGGCCUUUACAUGCAGCAGGGUACUUUUUGAACCCGGAAUUCUUCUAUGAUAAGCCAGAAAUAGAGCAUGAUGCCGAGAUUAUGAGUGAUUUGUAUAAAUGCAUCUUAAGGCUAACAAGAGACCCUGCUAAGCAAGAAAAAGUUGUGGCCGAAGUGAGUUUGUUCACAAAUGCCCAAGGACUAUUCGGGAAUGAGUUAGCUGUUAGGACAAGAAAGACUAGAGCACCAGCUGAAUGGUGGGCUGCAUAUGGAGCUUCAGCUCCAAAUUUGCAAAAGUUUGCAAUGAAAGUCCUCAACUUAACAUGCAGUGCAUCAGGUUGUGAACGGAAUUGGAGCAUCUUUGAAAAUAUUCAUAGCAAGAGAAGAAAUAGGUUAGAUCAUCAACGCUUGAAUGAUUUGGUGUACAUCAAGUAUAAUCGAGCCUUGAAGAGAAGAUACAAUGAACGUAACACCAUUGACCCAAUUUCCUUGAAAGAUAUAGAUGAUAGCAAUGAAUGGUUGAUAGGGAGAAUGGAAGAUGAGGAUUCUCAUGGAGGUGCACAAGAUGAUUUUGUAUUUGAUGAUGACAAUUUGACAUGGGGUGAUGUUGCUAGAGCUGCUGGAGCUAAGGAGGCCAAGUUUGAUACUAGAGCUAGAGCUAGAGCAAGCUCAAGCAUAAUACCACCAACAAGGGGGAUAGCUUCAAGUUCUAGAACUUUGCCUUCUUAUUCACUAAUAGAUGAAGAUGAAAAUGGAGACAUAGUUGAUUUAGCAGAUGAAGAAGAUGGGGAAGGCUACAAAUGUGGUGAUGGAAAUGAUGAUGAUGAUGAUUUUGUUGAUUUAGAGGAGAAGUGAUGAUUGCUUGUUGUGGACAAAUUUGUGAUUUAAGUGUUUUUUAAUGAUGUUUUUGAAUUGUGGACAAAUUUCAUGUUUUGGACCUUUAGGUUUGGAAACUUUGAAUUUGGAUAUGUAUUAGGCAAUUAGCAAUAUGGAUUUGGAUUUGUUUUUA